GGCAUGCCUUGUCCCGGGACCCUGUUUACUUAACGUUCCCGGCUGAGGAAGCCCUGGUUUAAAUAGGAUUGCAGAAGCUGGCUGCCCGCAUCAGAUGAGGCAAUGAUGACUAUGGGACUUUAAAUUUCGUGGUUUCAAAGCGCUAGCGCGGAGGGUGAGAAUGCAGGAUGCCUUUCCUUCUGGGUUUGAGACAGGACAAGGAAACCUGCAUGGGGGUCAACAAUCAAAGUUAUAUAUGUGAAACAGGCCACUGUUGUGGACAGUCACAGUGUUGCAACUACUACUAUGAACUUUGGUGGUUCUGGCUGGUAUGGACCAUCAUCAUCAUCCUAAGCUGCUGUUGCGUCUGCCAUCACCGUCGUGCCAAACACCGGCUCCAAGCCCAACAGCGGCAGCAUGAAAUCAACCUGAUCGCUUACCGGGAAGCCCACAACUACUCGGCCCUCCCCUUUUAUUUCCGAUUUUUGCCAAACUAUUUGCUGCCCCCCUACGAGGAAGUGGUGAACCGACCGCCGACCCCGCCCCCACCGUACAGUGCCUUACAUCAGCAGUGUGGCCCAGCAGGCAGCAGUAGCACAAUCCCCGACGCCCCACGGACCCUGCAGCCAGCCCAGAGCUCUCCCGCCGCACCCGGCAGCAAUAACGGUGGCGUCGACGGCACCGGGCCUCCCAGCCUCGGAGAUGCCGAGCCCGCCGUGCCGCAGACGCAGCAAGCGGUCACCAAAAGUCAGGGUUUUGAGCCAGGCAACUCCAGCGGCGGCGCCGAGCUGGAGGAGACGGCCGAGCCCACGUCCUACCCGGAGAAAGAUUCGGAGUGCAAAGAGGAACUGCUUAAGGAUUACGGCUCGGAGAGCUUAGACCAGAACGGCGCCAUCCCCGAGGCCAAAGACAAGACCCCGGGGAGGCAGCGCCGCUUCACCGGCGACUCGGGCAUCGAGGUGUGCGUCUGCAACCGCGGCCACCACGGUGACGACCUCAAGGAGUACGACGGGCUCAUCGACGACGCGCUGGACGGGCCCCUGGACUUCUGCGACAGCUGCAGCGGCCGCUCCCACGGGGACGAGGAGGAGGGGGGCCUCUUCGGCGCCGCCGAGGAGCAGCCCCGUGAACACGGCCACCACCACCUGCCCCGGCAGCCGGUGUGCGUGCUCUUGAACACAAUAAACGAGCAGGACUCUCAGGCCAACAGCUCUCCCAGCUAAGCGGAGGAGCCGGAAGGGAGAAUCUGAUCGAGGUUGAACCCGUCGGGAAGGGAAAGGUGGCGCAACCUUGUUUCCUUGUUUCUUUCUUUCUUCUCCUUGGUUUAUAUUUUUCCAGCUGUCGUUUGGGGAAAACUCUCCCAAAAAGCACUGCUCAGCGGAGAGGCACCCGCGCCUGGAUUGCAUCUCGAUCACGCCCGCGCGGGGGGAGGUGGGGGGAGGCUCUCGCAUGUCCGAGCAAAGCCAUGGCAGACUGGGUCGUUCCUCGGGAUGAUUUUGGUGACGGGUUCUUAGCGUUUUUGGUUGUUUUUUUGUUUGGUUUUUUUUUUUGACCCAAAAAAACCUGCUUUCUCUUGCAAUCAGCCAAGCUCAGCAAGUCGAAGCCUGGGAGGAUCAGGAACAUACGCUGUGGCUCCCCGCCUCCAGGUGUCUUCCCAGAAGCAAAGCAGCUUCUGAUCGUCCUGGCAGCCAGCAGCCCAAGAGUUCUGGUUUGGAUUCAGACCCGUAAGGGAGGAUUUCUUUUCUUUUUUUUUUUUGUCUUCGAAUUUUCUCCUGCCCCGACGAUACGUGUUUUAAGUCGGUCCCAGCGCUGUAAUUCCUGGUGCUUCAGCGAUUAGGACGGCAGGUAGGAAGGAGACGGCCCGCUUGAAGCUGGUAACCAAAGGACCAGUUUCUUCCAGAGGGAAUGUUAGUCUAAGACGUGCAAUUUGGAAACGAGGGUAUUGCAGAUUUUGAUUUUUACUUUUUUGGCUUUUUUUUUUUUCCUUAAACGUAUUCCUUCAGGCAAUGCCUCUAAGAGCACAGCUAGGAGGUAAGACUCCAGGCAGCUGGGCUGCCUUUCCACAUACUGUGGUCUCUCUAAAGGACGUUCAACUCGCGUGCUGCCAAAGGGACGGCUUGCUUUAUUUGGCCCCCUUUUGGGCAACGCUCUCAUUCAGACGACAAAAUCAAGAACAGGGCUCUGGCCAGCGUGCCUUCAAGUGUCAGUGACGCAUGGUGAACAAAUGGAGACGUGCGCUCCGUCCGUGGUGAAAGGAUGACGUGCCGCACGGACGUGGAAGACCUGUGCAGUAUUCUUUCAUUCGUUCUGGGUUGGUUUGUUUUUUUUCUUCUUCUCAAUCCAAAGUUUUGGUGCGAUUUUUACCGUUGACCACUUAAAAAACAAAGAAACGAAUGUCUGUUUUCUUCCUUUAUUAUUAUUUUUUUUUUUUCUGGUGGCAACUGGCUACUGUAUAACGUCUGUGAGCGUAUGUGUGUGUGACUGCAGUGCAUGCAUGCGUGAUCUACUGGUAAUACAAAACCUGCUGUAAGACUGCAAGAAAAUUUACUGUAGCUGUGCUUUACUAAACAGUAGCGAUUUCGUUAGUAAUAACCCGAAGGAAAACACAAAUACUAAAACUAACAUUCCCUGGAGUGCCCCUGUGGAAAAAGGGCAGGACUCGGACUGUAUAUCGUGCUUGAGGUUUGUUUGGGUUUUUUUGUUGCUGUUGUUGGGGUUUUUUUUCCCCCCUUCUCCCCUUUCUUAAUUAUGAUCGUCCAGAUCAUUACUGUUACGGGAAAAAAAAUACCGAAACCUGAACUCAGACAUUCAGAUGUGAUUGAUUGAAACCAAAAUCAGUUUUCAAUAAGGUGGAAACCAAAAUAUAAAGUCUUUUCUCAUAA